GAACAUAAAUCAGUGUCUCCCUUCCCACUGCUGCGGGCUCGCAGGACAGACCUUUGGGAACUGGUGGCAGCCAGCAGCGCAGGAUGAAGGAGGCGGAGGUGAAGAGAGAUGUGGCUAGAUUCUGCACAGAUGACCAGUGUGUCUCCCUACAGGCCCAAGGGCUAGACCUCCAGCCAGCUGCUCCCGUGCCUCCCGGGAUACUGAGGCAUGUCCAGACCAUCCUGGCACUAAUGGUUAUGACUAUGUUCUUCUCUCUCCUGGCUCUUUUUGUGGUGGCUUCACAGCCUUGGAGACCUGAGAAGAAUGAAGAUCUUUCUGUCAAAGCCCAGCAUGAAGGCGCCAACUAUACCGAAGAGGACCCCGACACUCAUCCCCACUUUGGCAGGGAGGCAGAAAUGCAAGAGGCUAUGCAGAGGUUUAUGAGCUAUGUGGAGAAUUCUAGCAGCUUGCACAAGGAGAUACAGAUGCUGAAGUACCGAAUGGACAACGCCAGUUCUCAGGUCCAGCUGCUCAGGGGCCAUCUGGAGGACGCCAGUGCUGACAUCCAGCAGACAAAAGGUGUGCUGAAGGGCUCUGGUGCCUUGGCUUUGGAGACCCAGGCGCUGAGGAACUCCUUGGAGUUGGCCAGUGCUGAUAUCCAUAGUUUGAAAGGAGAUUUGGAAAAGACAAAUGCUAUGACUUCCCAGACCCAGGGUCUCUUAAAGAGCAGCGCGGAAAACACCAGUGCUGAGCUCCACAUGCUGGGCAGAGGCCUGGAGGAAGCCCAGUCUGAGAUCCAGGCACUGCGGGGAAGUCUGCAGAGUUCCAAUGAGCUCAGCUCUCAGACCCGGAGCUUUCUCCAGAGGAGUGUGGACAACACCAGUGCGGAGAUCCAGGCCGUGAGGGACCAUCUGGCAAGGGCUGGCGAGGAGGUGAACUCAUUAAAGAAAGAUCUAGAAACAGUCACUGCUCAGACUCAAAAGGCAAACGGCCACCUGGAGCAGACAGAUGCCCAGAUCCAGAUGUUAACGGCUGAGCUGAAAAGCACCCGUUCCUUACACUCCAAGACUGAGGAGGUCAGCAGAGAGACACAGACCAUAAGAAGAGGCAUGGCUGAUGUCUCAGCGCUGAAGUCCAAGGUCCAGGAGCUACAGAGCAGUCUGGAAAAGGCCAAGGCAGAGGUGCAGAGCUUGAAAGCAGAUCUGGAGACUACAAAAGCUCUCACUGCCAAGAUUCAGAAGGAACAGAGCCGCCUGGAGGCCCUGCAGAGCUCCGCUGCGGCUGCUAGGGAGCAGGAGCAGAAGGCUCAGAAUGAGCUUCUCCAGCUGAUCCUGCAGGGCUGGAAGGUCUUCCAGGGAAGCCUGUAUUACUUUUCUCAAGACAAGAAAUCGUGGCAUGAGGCUGAGAAGUUCUGCGUGACCCAGGGAGCACACCUGGCAUCCGUGACCUCUGAGGUGGAGCAGGCAUUCCUGGCACAGUCCACGAGUACUGUGUACCAUUGGAUCGGGCUCACUGACAAGGGCACGGAGGGUGACUGGCGCUGGGUAGACGGGACACCAUUCGAUCGUGCCCUGAGCAAUAGGUUUUGGGCAAAAAGACAGCCCGACAACUGGAAACAUGAGAAUGGAGAGUAUGAAGACUGCGUCCACAUGCAGAAGCAGUGGAACGACAUGAAAUGUGGGGCCACCUACCAGUGGGUGUGCAAGAAGUCCACAGGUCAGGCUAUGGCCAGCAUGGGCCAGAGCUGAUCUGCCCUCCCUGGGCCCCAGAGCCUUGAACUCACUUCAGAGCUUCUUCUGUCCUGAGCUGCCCCUUUCAGCCAUUUAGAACAUGAUUGCCCCACACGCUGAUGUCUCCUCUGCACCCCAACAUGCCUGCCCUGCCGCUCCUCAAUAAACACUCAAUGAACAGACAGAAA